ACCCGGACGUAGAAUCACCAUCCACUUCCGUGGUCGUUGACUUGCGUGUUUUCUUUUUCUGUGCAGCUCCCUUUAUAAUUGUGAACUUUUAUACAAAUUAACGGCUUUCUAAUUCGCCAUGUCCCGGGGAUCGAGUGCAGGUUUUGACAGACACAUCACCAUCUUUUCUCCUGAGGGAAGACUUUAUCAAGUUGAAUAUGCAUUUAAGGCGAUCAACCAGGGAGGUCUAACCUCAGUAGCAAUACGGGGAAAGGACUGUGCCGUAGUCGUCACGCAGAAGAAAGUCCCCGACAAGCUUCUAGAUGCUUCCACUGUCACCCACCUGUUCAGAAUCACAGAAAACAUUGGCUGUGUCAUGUCUGGGAUGACUGCUGACAGUAAGUCCCAGGUUCAGAGAGCACGGUAUGAAGCAGCCAACUGGCAGUACAAGUACGGUUAUGAGAUCCCUGUGGACAUGUUGUGUAAGAGGAUCGCUGAUAUCUCCCAGGUCUACACACAGAAUGCUGAGAUGAGACCUCUUGGUUGCUGUAUGAUAGUGAUCGGUGUGGAUGAGGAAAAUGGUCCUCAGGUCUAUAAGUGUGAUCCAGCAGGCUACUACUGUGGCUUCAAGGCCACGGCCGCAGGCGUCAAACAGACCGAGGCCACCAGCUUCCUGGAGAAGAAGGUCAAGAAGAAGCUGGAUUGGACUUUUGAUCAAACCAUUGAGACUGCAAUCACGUGUCUGUCCACUGUCCUGUCCAUUGACUUCAAGCCCUCUGAGCUGGAGAUUGGUGUCAUCACCACUGAGGAUCCUAAGUUCAGGAUUCUGUCUGAGACUGAGAUUGAUGUCCACCUGGUGUCACUGUCCGAGCGGGACUGAGGUGCUACUGGCCAUGUUGGCGUGCCAGACCAUAGCAAACGAUCCCAGAGAGCACUAUCCCAGAUACGCGUCAUGAGAGGGCUCGACUCAGUCACCUGUUUUUGCUGUAUAUUAACGCUGUUCAAUUAAAGAGAAUGUUUUUGAGAAACUCAAA